UUUUUAAUACGAGGGGCGGGGGAUGUUAGACACUAGUGUGCCUCAGGUCUGCCUGGUGAAUUUCAAACACUCACCGCCACCAUAUUGGAAAAAAAGAAUAGCGUUCCUGAAAACAAGACAUUGGAGUGGGGCUUUUGACGAUAAACCGACUGGAUAUCAGUUUCCCUGCGUUUGGAUCGGGCAUUUACACGACGAUUUCGAGGUCAUUUUCUUCCGUCCAUGUUUGUUAGUCAUUGGAUUCAUGGUAAAAUAGCUAGCUAACGUUAGCUAGCUAGCUAGUCUGUUCCAGGCAGUAAAACCCCUAACUAGUUAGCUGGCUAGCUAGCAACACGGCUUUUAUAAGGCGUUCGAAGUUUUUUCCCCUUCAUAACGUUUGUAGCUAGGUAAUAUUUAAAUAUGUCAAAUGAGUGUCUGCAAAGUCCCGUUGGGUGUUCAAAAUACUAGAUGGUUUAAGAGAUAGCGUCGGCGCUCCCUGUUCGCUGAAGCUUCAAAACAAAUUGGUUUCCCUGCUCAAGCGACUUCAGUUAGCAACAAGCUAUCUCCUCAGGACUCGCCUCUGUUCCGUUAGCUCGUUGGCUAACUAGUCUGUAAUUGAGGUGGAGAAGAAUUGCGCUAGCUCACUGACUAGGCUCGCUGCUGGGGAAAAGGAAUAACGUCUGGGUUUCCAUGGACAACACGUCCAUAAUAACGCAAGUUACGAAUCCAAAGGAGGAGGAGGUACUAUCAUCAAAUCCUGAAAAAGUCUCGCUGUCCAGCAGCAGUCUGAGGAAGAAGAGUCGCCGCAGUCUCUUCAGCUCCUUCUUCUGCUGCCUGCAGAGCUAUGAAACUGAGCCGCCUCCCACCACCACCAACAACAACACCGGCCCCUUGCCUCCUCCCAUCGAGGAGAAUGGAGCUCCACCCAAGUGCGAGCAGGUCGAAGUCGCCCCCGUGCCCGCUCCUCCAGAGAAGUACCUCCUCCCUGAGGUGAACAUCAACGACUACGGCAAGAAGUGCGUGGUCAUAGACUUGGACGAGACUCUAGUACACAGUUCGUUUAAGCCCAUUAGCAAUGCAGAUUUCAUUGUCCCAGUGGAGAUAGACGGCACAGUACAUCAGGUGUACGUACUGAAGAGGCCGCACGUGGAUGAGUUCCUGCAGAAGAUGGGCGAACUGUUUGAGUGCGUGCUCUUCACAGCGAGCCUAGCCAAGUAUGCUGACCCAGUGGCCGACCUGCUGGACCAGUGGGGGGUGUUCCGGGCACGACUCUUCCGAGAGUCCUGUGUGUUCCACAGGGGGAACUAUGUGAAAGACCUCAGCCGGCUCGGGAGGGAGCUGCACAACGUCAUCAUCGUGGACAAUUCUCCCGCUUCCUACAUCUUCCACCCAGAGAAUGCUGUUCCAGUGCAGUCUUGGUUUGAUGACAUGGCCGACACUGAGCUGCUGGACCUGCUCCCGUUCUUUGAAGGACUGAGCAAAGAAGAGGACGUGUACGGAGUCCUGCAGAACUUCAGAGGCAGGUAGCAAGCUGAGCUGCCAUGCCUCAAGGGGGCACCCUGGAGAGGAGUCUGGCGGAGGGCAGCUGGUGGGCAGUCUGCCUCCAUCUCUUUCCUACUCCAUCCCACCCCUGAGACGUCACCCUCCGGCACCUCAACACUCACUACCAGGUUCAGCAGAGCCAUGUCUGCCGCACCCACCACGGGGACCCUUAUAGUGUGAUGAAAUUCCACUACACACAGACCUUGACUGCUCAAGAGACUCAAAUUUGGCUCUCCUGUUAAGUGCUUAACAAUAAACCAAAAACACAACUCCUUUUUUUUUUUAUCUCUUGUGAAAUGCGAGAAAUGCAGAUCUUUGGGUUGUUGCUAUGCAGGCAGGCCCUGUGGCCUGCAGAUGUUAAAAGGACUGGGUUUUUUUUUCCUUCACUUCCCAACCAAGUGCCUUUUUUGAAUGUCGUUUUUAUGGGGAAAAUAAGUUUUUUACAUGGCAUAUUUCCAGAGAAUUUUUUUUCAGAAUUCUACUCUUUAAAAACAGAGGCAGGUGAGAAGCAUUUUGUAAAGGCACUGUUACUGAGGCCAGAUGGGAUUUUUUUUUGUAAACUGUCAUGGGUAAAUGUGUCCGUCUGUGUUUCUUGUUUUCUUUUGCUUGUGCUAUCAUUCAGACAUGGUGUUUAUCGUUGAUUCUUUAUGGACAUAAAUGUUUGUCUUGUGAAAGCAAGGGAAUGCAUUUGCACUCGUUUUAUUUUAUGGAGGCAUCUUUGCUUUGAUGAGCAGUAGUCUGACAGUGAAGGUUACCCUGUGCCAAAAGACAGUGCUUCACAUCCCACUUUAUGCCAUUCACUUGCUGAAUCUUUCCAUCAGCUGGUGGAUCCAUUUACCUGGGUAACUGACUUUACAGAGUAUGGAAAUUAGUAAAGUUGGUUUUAUAUGGUAAAGGACGUGUCAAAAAUUUGUCUGGCCAGUUCAGCAAUCUCAAGAAAUGUUUGCAAAUUGGAAAUGAUGAUGAGUUUUAGUCCUCAGACUGCAGUUUAGAGGCGUCUUGAGUAGUCUGUGUUUGGUCACGCUGCUCGGACAUCAUGCAGCUCACCCCAUCUCUUUUAAUCCUAAUUAAAGGUGGAGUGUCAUAAGUGCACUCAUUACCUCUCAGGAUGCAUCAUUGCAAAUGUAUUCCUUGUUUUUCUUUUAGCAAUUUCUUUGUUUGGCGUAGUAACUUUCAUGAAGAGCGUGGUUUGAUUGAGCCGUCUGAGGCUUGCUUAGCUUGUGGUGUUAGGAUUAUUUUGAACUUCAGCCUGCUACUGCUGACCACACAGCAGGCUCCAGUACCUCACAGAUACCAGGGCUGUCAUCAGAGGGGUUGGGUUUGCGUGUCCAGGGCAGGAAGGGGGAGGAGGUGUAGGCAGGCGCGCGCAUCUAACCGGCCUCUUGAGGCCAGCGAGAUAAAGUCCACCUGCCACACCCUCCGCCGCACCAAACCCUUUGGUUCGGAUGGUAUCCUCGGAAAGAUAAGGCCUCGCUGGAGAGGCCACCCCCACAGCCAAGGAGAGCUGGAUGUGGCUCUGGCUGCUGUCUGGCAGCGUUGCUGGGUGGAGCCUCCCAUACCACGGAGCCUAGGAGAGGAGCGGCGGCGAGAACGCAAUAACCUCUCCACUCGUUUGCCACAAGCCACGGCGCUCUCACACACACACACACACACACACACACACACACACACACACACACAGGAACGCGCUCACCUCUAUCUAAUGAUUUGUCCAUUUUUGCGCUACCUCUCCAUCCUUCUUUUUCUCUGCAAACAAGGCAAGAGAGCAUCGUGUUGUUUCAUUAUAGUAUUCUGUCAGUAUUUGGUUUGUAAUGUUAACCGCCUAUAUUAUCCUGCUGCUGUUUUUAUUCCUGGUUUGGCCCUGCUCAGCUUCUUGUGUGGUUUCUGGUUUCAUACCUUGUCAUUUUUAGAUAAUCAUGGUCUUCUCGGUGUAGAAUAUGAGAA